AUGGCGGCUUGGAAAAGUGAGGACCCGUCUGCAUGGUCGGACUUGCCGCCGGAGCUGCUGGGCACCGUCCUCCGCUCCCUGCCGUCCCUCGCUGACCGUGUCCGCCUCCGCGCAGUCUGCCGCCGGUGGCGCAACAGCGCCAUCGUGUUCCCUCCGUCGCACCUUCACCUCCCCUGGCUCGCCUUCAUCGACGGCACCCUCCUGGAUGUCGUCAACAAUGCCGCGCACCGCGUGCGCAUACCCGACGACGCCGUCUGCUACAGCGCCGGCGAGAACACGUUCUUCCUCGUGCACGACGACGGCCGGUGCUCCCUGGUGGACUUGUUCUACGGCGGCACCGGCACGGCAACCCCUCUCCCCGAGCUAGCCGCACUCCUCCGCGCUUCUAAAGUGGACCCGCGCUACGAGCUGCUGCAGCCAGUCCACAAGGUCGUGGUGUCCACGUCCUCGGCAGAGCUGGAAGAAGAUUGCCGCCUCGUCGCGGUCAUAAUCCGCGGCGGCAAUGUCAUCAUCUCCACCUGCCGGCCGGCGGGGGAGGCCAACGCAUGCCUGGCGCUGGAUAACUACUUCAAUUUCUCCAUCGCCGACAUCAUGUUUUUCCAAGGGAGGAUGUACGCCCUGGCCAAGGUCCACGAGGCGCUACAGGCCGUCGACCUCAACAAAGGCCGCAUCGACCAGCUGCCAGCGCCGCGACCCCCUGGUAUCGAGGUCAUACCCGGAGCGGCAUCGGCCGAAUUCGAGAUGAUUCAGGAGCCUCAUCUUCAGGAAGAUCCAUGGCCGUAUGGUCACGAGGUUGCCGGGCGGUAUCUAGUUGAAUCCAAUGGCAAGCUGCUCAUGAUCAGGCGGUGGAUCCGCAAACCUCUGAUGAGCUUUAGUUACUAUGCGAUGACUGAAUUCCAUGACGCCGACGGAUACGACCUCGACCGGACUCGCCGAUUCGAGGUCUUCGAGAUUGGCCACCGCCAAUGGAACAGCCGGCGCCGGUGGCACAAGGUCCAGAGCCUGCACGGACAGGCGCUCUUCGUGUCAUCGCCGUGCUCCAAGGCUGCACCUGCAGCGGACCAUGGAGCUCAACAAGACUGCAUCUAUUUCUCCCACCAGUUCUGUCGGAGGAAGAUGGACGACCCCCUUGGUGACUCCGGGGUCUACAGCAUGAGAGACGGGACGAUCACGCGGCCCUUGCUGCCCGAGCCCGCGGCGGUGUCUGCGUCGCUGCCAUGGCUCCGGCGGUUCCCUACGUGGGUUUUCCCUGUUGAAGCAUAA